AUGGAUUUUCAGGGAGAUGCGUUUGCCUACUGGGGUCGAAACAUCAUCGAAGAUUAUGAUGAUGCUCUCCUCCAAAACAUUCCCCCCGCCCUGAUUGCUUUUGAAGAGACCUCGCAGCUACCUGCGCUCUCUAAGCAGGGUCGUGGCCCGCCCGGUACAGUUGGAAUUCUAGGCGCAGGAGUUGGUGGUCUAUACACCGCCCUCAUCCUAGAUUCGCUAGACAUCAAGUAUGAGAUCUUGGAGGCGUCAGACCGCACCGGCGGGCGCCUCCUCACCUAUGACUUCCCAAAUGGUAAUAAAUACGACUACUGCGAUGCUGGGGGCAUGAGGUUCCCCCUCCCAAAGAAGGACGCUCAAGGCAAUUACAAGGUUGGCAUCAUGAGGCGUUUGGGGGAGUUGAUCAAUUAUUCGAAGCUCAACGACGUGGACCCUGUUGAAUCAACCCCCUCGUGGCCCGGGACAGGUGUAAAUCGUAGGCCGUUCCCUUGGGAUUCAUGCAGGGCACCUCUAAACUCCCACCUUAUCGAUUAUCAUUUUACGUCAAAGAGACAGGGUCAUUUCCUCUACUUUAACAAUCAACGUUAUCAAGUCUCUCGGACCUCGCGCCCUCCUGACUUCCAUGCCCGAGAAUUGGGUGUGGAUCCUCAGUACGUUGCUGUGGGAGUUGAGAAUAUUGUCAACGACGUCGUUGGGCCGUUCGUCGAGGGUCUGGUUACAGACUUGGAGCAAAAUGUCGAUUUGGGCUGGAAAAAAAUGAGGGAGCACGAUACAUACUCGCUUCGCUCGUUCAUGUCAUUCAAGUACAUUCCCAGCGCCAGCCUCCCAAUUCCGCAGACGUAUCUUUCCACCAAUGUUAUCAAUUGGUGCGAGACAUUCAAUGAAAGCACAGGCUCGCAUGACUGCGCUUUGACUGAAUGGGUUCUUGAUACGCUGGCAUUUGGCAGUGUCGAGUCGCAGACCUUUGGACAUGUAGAAUGGAAAUGUUUCGAAGGCGGUUCUCGAGUACUUACCGACCAUAUGGAGGCAUACCUUACUGCUAACGGCACCAAGUCUCUCAUCCAAUUCAAUAAAAAGGUCACGAGCAUCUCUCAAGAUGGAAACAUGGCAAUGAAUGUUUCUGUGCGGGGCGAAUGUAGCCCGCGCACAUAUUCACAUGUUAUAUCGACUAUCCCUCUGCCAUGCCUGCAACUGAUCGAACUCGGAGGUGCCGGUUUAAAUGUGAUGCAGAAAAAUGCAUUGCGUAAACUGCAAUAUGAUCCUUCGGUCAAAGUCGGCGUCCGUUUUCGAUCAGCGUGGUGGACCGAACUUUUCGAUAUCAUAGGAGGUCAAUCAACCACAGACCUUCCCAUUCGAAAUAUCGUCUACCCCUCUCACGGGGCUGAAUCGAGCACGCCGUCUACAGUACUGAUUGCGAGCUACUGUUGGAAAAAUGAUGCAGAACGCUUGGGAGUGCUCGUCAACACCGGUAAGACAGAGUACGAGGAACAAUUGAAGGAACUCGUGCUGCGCAAUCUCGCAGAAGUACACGAUUUGGAUUAUAGUUUCUUGUUGGAUCAGUACGUAGAUAUGCAUGCAUGGAACUGGGGCAACAACCCGCUCGCCAUAGGUGCCUUUGCAUCAUUUGGGCCUGGAGAUUUUCAGGAUUUAUACACGGCUCUCACCGUACCUAAUGCUAACAAGAGACUCCAUUUCGCUGGAGAGUCCAUCAGCACCCGUCAUGCGUGGGUCAUCGGUGCAUUGGACAGCGCGUGGCGCGCAGUGUAUGAAUACCUGCUUGCAUCAGGGCAGCAGGAAAAUGUCCAAAAAUUCUUCGAUCUGUGGGGCCAGAACGUCGAGUGGACAUGCCAAUCUAAACAUGGAAAACACGAUCCAACUGAUCCGAACACCGUUUUACGAGUUCACAUGGGGUGUACAUAUGCUGGUGAAUGCACUGGGAAGGUGAAGUUUCAAAUAAGUUAG